AUGAAGAAGCCUAUUACUGCAAGAAAGAUCAAACAUGGUAGGCAUCGUAGCUAUCCAACCCAUAUCACAACACUCAAACCAUCUAUGCGAAAGCUGAAAUCAUUCAUGGUUGCCGAUAUCGAGACACUAUAUCUUGAUGACAUUCAUAAGCCUUAUGCAGCUGGUCUAAUGAUGGUUAGUCCUCAUGAUAAGAUAAAUCAGAGUAUGAUUUCUCACUACUUCAGUGAAGACUACUCUAUAAUCUUGGAUUCCUUUGAAGACUGGAGUACAAAAGUACUUUAUAACUUAGUAUUAAAGAUAUUAACUAUUGUUAAAAGAGCUAAAUCAACUUUAACUAUUUACUUCCACAACUUCUCUAGAUUCGAUGGAAUUCUCUUGCUUAAGCACCUAGCAUAUCAUCACAAGAGCUUGAAGCUUAAACCACUGAUGAGAAACAAUAGGCUUUACGAGUUAGCUGUCUAUCGCAAUAAGAAGAUGUUAUUCCGCUUCAGAGACUCCUUGAAUCUACUCCCUGGCAAACUGAGCUCCCUUGGGAACAAUCUUUGCCCGGAUCUUGGACCAAAAGGCUCAAUCUCAAUCCCAUAUGACAAACUGAAAGUAGAGGAUCUGGUUAAUAAUAAGAGGGAAUUGUUGGAUUAUAUGAAACAGGAUAUUCGUCUAUUGGGUGGAGUAAUGCAAAAAGCACAAAAGAUAUAUUGGGAGGUGUACAAGGUGGACAUUGAAAAGAGAAUAACCCUUUCCUCACUUGCUCUUAGCAUCUUUCGUUUAAAAUAUCAAGAACAAUAA